UUUAUAGCAACAAAACUCUAUGCCCAUUUGAAACUCAAAGCAGUCAAAACAGAGCUGCUCAGUAGAUCUGGGGAGUGGAGACCCCAGUGACCAACAGGAGAGCCCCCUCCCAGUACCAUGAGACCUUAGCGCUCAGAGGAGCCCAGUGAGAACACUUCUCCAGGCCAUUUGAAUCUCGGGUUUGCAAAGAAAAGGGAUUUGCAUUUAGACCCCUCACAUUAUUCCUAAAUUUAUCCCUCGUUCUUUCCCCUCCCCUGAGAGAGAGCCCUGAAAAUCUUCAGGAACUCAAUAGUCAAGACAAGUCCUUGAGCAGAGACCUGAUGAUCAAGGUUAACAAGCAGAGGGAUCUGUUCUGCCCAUGAGCAGGUGGGGUGCCGUUUGUGGGCAGGAGGCCCUGGUCAUGAGACACAAUGGUGUUGGCUGGGCUGUUCCAGGAGGAGUUGCCGAGCUGGCGCCAUCAACAGGUCUCUGGCUUCCAUGAGGGGCCCUUCACGUUUGCCCCCCCAGAGAGCAACCCCCAGAGAGUGCAGGAGAAGCAGCAGCAGCAGCAGGGUGUCUUCCCCUAUCUUGGCAAUCUGCUCAGUGACCUGCUGAUGCUGCACCUGGCGAUGGGUGACUAUCUCGAGGUGGGUGAACCUGAGGACUAGGCAGGAAGGACCAGGAUUCUGAGCCUUGGGAUGUGGGAGCCCCCAAACUGAGCUCUGAGUUCUCAGCACUUGGCACAUCUACUCUCAUGAGAGCCUCGCAGCUGCUCCUGGGAGCUGGGGCAUCAGGCCCAUCUUAGGGAUGAGUGUAAAGAGGCUCUGCCAGAG